GGAGAGCAGGAGCUCAUGCUGCUGAGGGAACACGGCAGUGACGAGCCGGGUCGGUGCCGCUCGGGGCUGGCGGCAGGAGCAGCUGAGCCCCGGGGACAAGGAGAGUGUGGGAACUCCGAGUGGACUAGAGGAGGGGAGUCCCCGGUUGGUGAGUGAGCAGGACCCGGAGCAGCCUGAGCCGAGCUGAGCCGAGCUGAGGUGAGCCUAGCUGAACUGAGCUGAGCCCAGCUGAACUGAGCUGAGCAUGCCAGAGCCAGCGCCGCUCGGAGGGGACAGGAAAGCAGCGGAGAGGAAGCGGGUGGAGAAGGUGGGAGCCAAAGCAGCACCUCCAGUGCCCAGGAGCCUCCCGGUGCAGAGCAAGGCAGAGCCCCCCAGCCUGGAGCCCUCGGAGGAGCCGCUGCUCUGGGAAGGGCUCACCCUCAACAAGUGCAUCCUGGUGGCCUCCGUGGUGGCCCUGCUCAGUGUCACCUUCCAGGUGCUCCAAGCACCAUGUUCCAAGGAGGGGAUCACCCGAGGCCGGCAGGAGCCUCCACCACCACCUCCUCCCCUUCCCGAGGUGCUGAGCCCCAAGGAGGAGGUCCCAGAGGUGGGGACAGACCGUCCUGUCCCACUGGAGAGCAGCGCGUUGGAGGGUGGAGAGGAGGAGGAGGAGGAGGAGGAGGAGGAUGACAGUGAAGCCGACAGCAACCUGGCAGAACCCUGGAUCUUCAAGAAGUGGUUUGGCCGCGCGACUCCAGAGGAUGAGGACAAGGAUGAGGACAAAGAUGAAGCUGAGGAUAAGGGUGAGGAUGAAGACAAGGAUGAAGAACCCACAGAUGUCCCCGAGGUGCCACCAGCUGCAACAGAGGUGAAGAAGAGCCAGGAGAAGCAGGAGAAGAAGGUGGAGAAGGAGGAAGAGGAGGAGGAAAAGGACCCCGAGCAGCAGCCCCAGAAGAAACGGGACCGGGAGAGGAAGGAGAGGAAGGAGCGGAAGGAGCGGAAGGAGAGCCGGCGGGAGCGGGAUGAGCCCAGGAGGGAGGGAGGGAAGGGCCGUCCCAGCAGGGCUGACGGCGGCCGGGAGAGCCCCAAGAGGGACUGGAAGCAGCAGAAGGGCAGGAAACCCUGGGAAUCAGCUCCGGGCAAGGAUGGCAGGGCCAAGGAGGGCAAGAGGCGCGACUGA